AUGCCGUCCUCACCACCGCCUGUUGAGGAAAAUAGCACCCCAGCGCCGGCGGAUGAGAGUAGAGAAGGCGGACAAUCCCCCAUGUCUCAUGUUAGCAGCGAGACAGCGGCAGCUGCACCUUCGACAGCAUCAUCAGAAGUUCCAGCGAGCGGCAAACGGUCAGCACCGAUGAGCUCCGAUCGGGCAGCGGGGGAUACGACCGAGGCCAGUACUGUUGCUGUGGACGGUGGCGCAGCGAGCACACACAUAGAAACGCCUCGAAAGACAGCCGAAGAAGCACCCACAGACGAGGCCAACGAGACGAUAACACCACCCGCCAAGCGCCGUACCGUAUGCGGCGUGUGCAACAAGGAGCCGUCCAAGUAUAAAUGUUCACGGUGUCCGUUGGCAUACUGCUCCGUAACGUGCUCACGCAUCCACCGCGACAACCACCCACCCGAUGCCCCAACCAACGACGAUAAGACAAAGUCGACUCGUCCAGGGGCCUCGGCAGUGCCUUCGCUGCCCCCGAAACCCGCACCGCCUGCACACCCGUUCCACGUCCUUGACGACGCCCCCGAGCUUCGCCACCUCUUUGAGAAAUACCCAACGCUCCCUGAGCGCUUAAAAUCCAUCUACGAAGCCACGCAACCGCCCAAAUCUGGCGGUGGUGGAAACAAAGCCCCGAUCCCUGGCCUGCCCAUGCGCCUGCAGCACAAAAACAGCCGAGGCGGCUUCGGAGGCGGCCGCGGCGGUCGCGGUGGUGGUGGUGGUGGCAUGUCCAGCAGGCCGUGGACCAAGGAGAUGGGUCUCCGCGAGGGCCAAAAGGCGCUGCGGCGGGCCCGCGUUGACCCGAGCGAGGACGGCGACGCGGUGCGCGCCUACUGCGAAACUGUGACGUACCUGCUGGCACGCGAUGCCGACGACCGUGUGGGCACGGGCACGGGCACCUGGAGCAGCGACAGCAAUGCCAGCGUCCACGACGUGUCCGCUGUCGUGCGAGACGAACUUGCCGUCGAGGCCAAUCAGGCGAUCAAGACGCUUCUGGAUGCCGAGGGCCGGCACUGA